UUCUUUAUCCGCUACAGGGUGUAUCACCCUCUGGGUUGUAUCUCGUUCAUUCAUACUGCAAAAUUCAUACUGCAAACAGAUACAUCCUCUCUUAUACGAACCCCCCGAAUUUGCCCAAAAUGUCGAUGGAACAGCAAGCCAAAGCUCCACCGGAUAUGAAGAAGGUGGCCCAAUUUUUACGAAGUGGAAAUGCAGGAGUCAAAGUGCGUGUGGGUGCUUUGAAUGGCAAGAGGAUCGACUACUUUAAGGGGAAAUCUGCGGUGAAAGCCCUUCUUUCACCAGCAUACGCGAAGCAAAAGAAUGUCCCGAAAAUUUCUACCGAAAUAGAGGCCCAAACCGUUUUGAAUGCUGUGAAUGCAUUCACAUUCUUCCUACGCGUUCAGCGCGGCGGUCCUUCGGGCUCCUCCUCUUCCUCUCCAAAAACUCUGCAGAUCAUACAGGAGCAAAAGUUUGCUCAGGAUGAAUACUACGCGUGGUUCUAUGAUGGAUCGCAGUGGACGACGUAUGCGGGUGGUAUCCUCAUGGUUGCAAUUAUGCUAGGAGGUGUUAUGUUCCCUCUUUGGCCACCCACUAUGCGUUUGGGUGUAUGGUACCUCAGUAUGGGAAUGCUUGGUCUCAUAGGGCUGUUCUUUGCUAUCGCCAUCGUGCGGUUGAUAUUUUAUAUCAUGACGGUCAUUGUCGCCAGCCCAGGAAUCUGGAUAUUCCCGCAAUUAUUCGCCGACGUUGGAUUCGUGGAAUCGUUCAUACCGUUAUGGGAGUGGGAUGUGCCGAAGAAGAAGUCGAAAAAGAAGAAGGGAGAUAAGCACAAAGACAAGUCAAGCGACGUGGAGAAAUUGAAAAAGAAUGGUGGAGCAUUUGUGGAAGAGGUCGAGGAUUCCGGGAAUUCCAGGCCUCAAAGCAGAACUGCAAAGGUUGAGGAGGUUGAGGAUGAAGAUGAUUAGAGGUACAUUACGACCCGAAUGUGUUGGGGCGGCUGCUGUUGUAAACAAGACAACUCUUGACGAUGUGGCUUACAUCUACGACUCUAUCUAUUUGUUUCUUUCGCGCUAAUGGGUCACGCUGUUUAUUUCUCUUUCGAUACACAAGUAAUACCGACCUCUCCAGGAUGAAACUCAGAGUAAUGCUACAUCCUUUGACUUUCUCUGUCCAUCCAAAGUAUUAUCGUUCGCUCGUUCGCCCCCAUUUUUCGGAUCGCGAAAACGUGAUUUUAUGCGCUGUAUAAAUGUCCGGUUUAUGUAAGUUACCAGCGAUCAGUCACAUGCUGGUCAAAGCGAG